AUGCGCAAUGAAUUUGUCAAGGUGUUUGCCUGCGAUGCUGCCGACUUUAGUCUGAGGAACCACAUCAUAAACGAGCAUCCAGACGAAUCGAAAGCCAAGCAGCCGCCUCAACGCGUCAAGUUGCAAAACCCGGGUCGUGGUGCCGGAGUUUGCUGCGUUAAAGUCAUUGUCGAAGCUACCAACGACGCUUCAGCAGCUGAUGACAGCAAGAACGAGGAGGAGCUGGAGUGUGGCAUGACGCUGGCCUUUAACGAGCUGACGCCAGAACGAAUGGCCGAGCUGAGCCACAGUCUCUUGUCGGCGCCAUUCAAGUCAGGCACGCACGAGCUAUUCUUGACGCCCUACGAGCAGCUGUCGCAGCACGGCCUGGUCACCGCCGUGGUGACACAGUUGAACCUGUUUGACAACGACAAGGUGCACUUUGUCAACGUCUUUUUAUUGUGCACGGUUGUGUCCAAAAGAAGCGGCAUAUUGCAAGGCGUCGGGGGGUGGACGACCACGCCGGCUGGGCUUCUCAAGCUGUUUCUGUUGUGCCAUGGAAAAAAUGAGGUGUGGACCGCGGCUCAAGACUUUAAGCCGUAUCUGCAGCCCGGUUGGCUGGCAGGCGAAGCAGUUCGCGUUAUGCGUCCAAGCCUCAGUUUAGAAGCACUCUCGAAGCUGUUUGUUACGGGUGAGGUGUCAUGGCAGGCAAAGGGGCAUGAGGCCACUGAUCUCGCCUCGCAGUCGUCAGCGUACGCUUGGGCAACCAAGUACGCCGGUCCUCGCAACUGUCAACCAAUAUCAUUGGCCAAAGAUAGCGGUUUGAAGCGGAUGGUGAAGAAUAGAGAGAGAGAUACCGUUACCAUGAGUGAUGAUGGAAAGCAGCUGUGGGAUGCGUGUUAUGCAUCAGAUCCACAAGAGGUGCUGCAGCUGUUGACCAGUUGGGACCAACAACGUUUUCAAGAUGCUGCUCAAUUCAGAAAUGCAAAUGGCUGGACAGCACUGCACGUUGUCUGCCUUGACGGUCAUGUCAAGCUGGUGGAGAUGCUGUUGAAGCACGGUGCUGAUGCUGAAGCCAAGAACUACGUCAGUAAAAUACCUUCCUCUUCCUUUUUCCCCUAUGAUGGUGCACCUGUACAACAAGAUGAUGAUGAUGAUGCUGUACCUGUGGUGGAGAUGCUGUUGAAGCACGGUGUUGAUACAAAAGCCAAGGACAAAGUCAGUACAGUGCCUCCCUCUUUCCCUUUACCCCCCUAUGCUGGUAUACCUGUAUACCUGUACCACAUGAUGAUUAUGGUGAUGAUGCUGUACCUGUACGUCAUGCUGAUGCAUCAUCCCACAGCAUGGUCAAACCUCGCUGUACUUGGCCUGCCUCGAAAGUCAUGA